CGCGCACGCUCGUCCAGUCCAUUGUCCACCGGGCUUCCCGUUUGCUUCAGAAGAUCGUGUGGACUCUCACAACGGUGCUGCGGCGGUGAGUGACAGUCUACGCCGUGGCCAUUGUCCAUUGAGAGCGUCGACACGACUGCGCGAGCGAGCACGGCCAAGCCCGAGGCCCACCUGUAAUAGUAGCAGCAUCCGUGGCCCAGCUGUAAGCGUGUGUGUGUGGAGACUGCAGAACCCUGAAUUUGACUCUGACUGAGAAAUCCAUCUAUCCGAAGUUCUGAACUUGGAACCUGCAGCCGCCGGCAUCGCCCAUGCACCCGCUCACGCUCUCCUCCACCGCGCUGCUCCGCCUCAUCAAGUCGCUCUCGCCGGCGGCGGGGCCGGGGACCCACCUCACGGCCUUGGCGAUCCACUGCCUCCUCUUCAAGGAAGGGCUCCUCCACGCCGGGGCGCACCUCCCCACGGCGCUGCUCUCCGCGUACGCCGCGCUCGGCAGGCCGCGCCACGCGCGGGACCUGUUCGACGAAAUGCCCGAACGGGGCCUCGUCGCCCGCACCGCUAUGGCGCGGGCGCACGCCGCGUCCGGGCAGGCGACGCAGGCGCUCGCCGUGUUCGGGGGCAUGCUCGCGGACGGCGUCCUCCCGGACAACGUGGCCCUGGCGGUCGCGCUAACGGCGUGCCAUGGGGUGGGCUUGUCCUCCGCAGCGGCUAGGAAACCUGGGAAGAUGGUUCAUGCUCUCAUCGUGACAAGCGGCAUUGUUCCGGAUGUGUUUGUCUCCACCGAACUGAUCAGGGUCUAUGGGGAGUGCGGCGAGCUGUCUGUUUCCCGGAGGGUGUUCGAUGAGAUGCCAGUGAGGAGUACUGUUUCGUGGAACGCCAUGGUGCAUCAGUAUGUCAGGCACAGUAAUGUUGGCGCUGCGUACAAGCUGUUUCUUGCAAUGCCAAGGAGGGAUGUGGUGUCAUGGAACACGAUGAUUGCCGGGUAUUGCCUCGUUGGCCAAUGUAGGGAGGCACUAGGAUUGUUUCGUCAGAUGGUAUCACCGUCUUCAUGUCCAGUGCGGCCAAAUGGUCCUACGAUGAGCACUGUCCUUGCUGCUUGUGCGGGUGCAGGUUGUUUGGAGACUGGGAUUUGGGUCCAUGCGUACAUUGACAGGAACCGCUUAAAUGAUGAUGGAUCAUUGGAUCGGAGCUUGAUAGACAUGUACGCCAAAUGUGGAAGCAUUGAAAAGGCCCUUCAGGUGUUUGAGAAGGCACCUGGGAAGAGGGACCUGUACUCAUGGACAACGGUGAUUUGUGGAUUGGCAAUGCAUGGUAGGGCUUCUGAUGCUCUACGGAUGUUUGAUGCUAUGCAAGAUAAUGGUAUACGCCCUGACGAUGUUACUCUUGUUGGGGUACUAAAUGCAUGUGCGCAUGGCGGGCUCGUAGAUGAAGGCCUUUGCCACUUCUACUCCAUGGAGGAAAAAUACGCAAUCGUACCCAAAAUUGAACACCAUGGGUGUAUCAUUGAUCUUCUUGGUCGGGUCGGGAGAUUGCAAGAAGCAUACAACAUGAUCAGGACCAUGCCGAUGAAGCCUAAUGCAGUAAUCUGGGGUGCAUUCUUGAAUGCAUGCAAAGUUCACAGCAAUGUGGAACUUGGUGAGAUUGCAGCUGCUGAAGUCAGCAGGUUGGAUCCAAAUGACCCCUGGGCAAGGGUGAUGCUGUCCAGCAUGUAUGCAAAAGCGCAGGACUGGAGCAGUCUUGCCAGGGAGAGGAAGGAGAUGAACAGCCUGCAGAUGAAGAAAACACCAGGGUGCAGCUCAAUUGAGCUUGAUGGGGAGGUGCAUGAGUUUGUCGCUGGUGGUUUUCAGCAUCCCCAGCUUGGUGAAAUUUGCACUAUACUAGAGAAUAUUGAAGCAGGCUAAAGAGAUGUGGAUGCCUCGUCUUCUGAGGGUUUUUUUUUCUGCCAUUGAUACUAGUAUGUAGUUGCAAGUUUCUUGACCUCCACAAAGAGUUAACUGACCUCAGUGCUUUCCAUUAGCUGUGAAUGUCCUGACUCCUGAGGAAAGAACUUUGAGUUUGGUCAUAUUGCAAAGAACCGAAGGAGGUUAACGUUAGGGCCCAGAGUAAUGAUUACAUGCUGGGGCCCAAGCGAUCCAAAACAGAAGAUGGGUUGGUGACAUAAAAGGUGCGCUUACAGUUGAUGUUUUGUUUGAAUAUCUUCACAUUUGGGAUAUGGUGGAUAGCCUUGUUCUACAACAGGAGGUGCCAGAUCAGUACAAAUGGAAAUUGACACAUACAGGCUCUUAUAGCAGUAAGUUGGCCUAUGCAGCCUUCUUUGUAGGCACCAUCAAGUUUGGCCCGUGGAGAAGAAUUUGGAAAAGCUGGGCUCCCCCGCGUUGCAAGUUCUUCAUCUGGCUGGUGUUUCUUAACCGGGUUUGGACGGCUGAUCGGUUGGCGAAAAGGGGACUUCCCCAUCCGGAGUCCUGUCCCUUCUGUGAUCAAGCUGAGGAGACAAUACAUCAUUUGUUGGUUGGCUGCGUCUUCACUCACCAAGUUUGGGCCCUGAUUUUCCAGCAGUUAGGCUUGUUGAAUUUGACACCAGACCCAGACCCAUCAGUGAGUCACUUCCCAAGCUGGUGGAGAAGAGCAAUUUCUUCUGUUCCUAAGGAAGUGCGAAAGGGUUUCAAUUCCUUGAUUAUCCUGAUAGCUUGGGAAGUUUGGAAACACCGUAAUGAUUGUGUGUUUGACAAUUCGAGACCAAACAUUCUGAAGGUUGUCAGUUCUGUGAGCACGGAGGGUGGCCUCUGGUGCAUGGCGGGAGCCUCCAAGCUCCAGGAACUCAUGUCCAGGUUGUCCAGGUCGCUGCCUCUUGGAGCUUAAGCUCUGAAGGCUGCUGGUCGUCUGUUUUGCUAUUCCGUAGUGCGAUCGUGAGUUUUGGUUUUCUGUAAGUGUGUGGGUGUGUUUGUGGGGUUUGCCUGGUACUCGGGUUGGGUCUUUCUAGACUCAUGUACUUUUAUUUCUACCUUAAUAAAAUGAUGCACAGUUCUCCUGUGUGGUUCGAGAAAAA